CGAGAACGAUCGGAUACGGCGUUUAAUUGAUUCUGCACAAUUAAUAAACAUCAACCGUUAUUUAUCACGUAGCUUCCCGGUGCUUUUUGUACAGAAGUUGUGAUUUCCGGUGCGUCCCUGAACGCGGCCCUCGCAGGGAGUUUACAUGCUUGUUGCAGCGCUGCAGCCCCUCGUGAGGAGUUGCUCUGUCAAACUUUCCGAGCUCGUUCUUCAGCAGCCUCUGCAGCCCCGUGUGAGUCCGGUCCACGCGCAGGAUUCCGUCUGAUGACGUCCACAGCUGCUGUUAAAGACUGGAAGGCGAUUCUGAGUCCUUUUGGAUCCAGUUCCUGAGACUCUUCAGGGCACAAAGAGUCUGCAGACUCAGCUGAUCCUCACAGAUUUGGAGUUUGGAUGUCAACAUGGAUGAUAUUGGCGACUACAUCUGGCAGCGACGCAUCCACCACGGGGUUCGGUAUCAGAAGAGCACAGUCCCGUUCCCGGAGUCAGUUGGAAUCGGGUUGGAGUUCAACGCAGCACUGGAAAGGAAGCAGAAGCUGGAUCAGCAUCUGCUAACAAACGGUGUGAUGCUAGAGCUUUGUGACUUUGCCAAAACAGUAACCAAGUCCGAGACGUAUUUCUUAUUUGAAAUGCUGGAGUUCAACUUUGACCUUGGUGUGGACGUGGACAAUGACCUGCAGUACUAUGAAUAUGCAAAACGAGUUCACAAUAAAAUAAAGCUGCUGAAGGACCAGAUCAAGUUGAAACCUCAUCGAUGGAAAGAAACGUUUCCACUGCCAGACCACAACGCUAUGCUGGGGCUCACUGGCUCAGAGCAGGCAGGACGGUACUACCCCAGAAGGAACAAAUCGGUGGACAGUUCAGUCCUCACGGAUGGCAGCAAGAGCAGCCAGUCUUCAGAAAAUCAGAAGAUGGAGGGUAACGGAGCUGCGGGGAGUUCAUGCUUUAUAAAGAGACAUCAAGGAAGCAGACUGCCGAGCGAUGCUUACCCCUUCUGUAAAGAGCUUGGUGUGACCCCGACUGUCCGUCUGGAUGACACACCCAGACGGAAACUGGACCCACACCUGGUAACGAACGGCGUGAUGAUGGAACUGCUUCACUUCUCCAGAGUGCUUUGUGGAACGCACACUUCGAUAGUUCACGACUUAGUGAAGCAAAACUUCGGUCUUGAGUUGGAUAAGUUGCAGUUCCGUCUGCACAUGUCCAAGCUUAUGGAGCAGAAGUAUGGCUGCCUAACAGCAGAGGACAGGGCCGCUUUCCGAAAGGAGCCUUUUAGAGUCCAGACCAAGAAACGGCAGCAGAAUCGUAAAAAGAGAAGAAAGUCUGACGCAUAUGACCAAGAGGCGGAAAGACUAACGGUGGCCGGUAAGAGAAGGGGGACGCAGAGCGACAGGGACGACGAUGUGAAAGAAGUCUGGCAGGAUGGCGAGCUGUCCUACAUGUGUCCUGUUGACUUUGAGACAGACGUGCAGUCGGGUGCGGACGGCAAACCGGAUGAAGUGACGCUUGAAAGCUGUCUGUCAGCAGAAACAAAGUCUGCAGCGUCUCUGGAUGUAAAGCAGGAAGAAGAGGACGUUUUUGUCUCCCCAGUGCGGACUAAUGGCCACAGCGCCGGGUUUUUGAGGCUUCAUCCGAGGAACUCGAUUCUGAAAGCCGUCUCCGAUCUGUUUUCUGAAGAUAAAAGUGAGAAUGUAAACGUACAAACGCAGAAACAAAAGCUGUGGGUGAGACGUUCCACUCGCUCAAAACAAAUCCUCAAGUCCAGCAGAGUGAACGACAAGUUUGCCCACUGCAGAGAGGUUGGCUUGGACUUCAACGUUGGUUCAGGAAACAAACAGAAUGUAGAUCUUCAACUUCUCACCAACUUCGUCUUGUGGGAGGUUUAUAAAUUUUCAAAUGCAAUGACAAGGAGUUCUAGCAGUUUCUUACUUGAGAUUCUGGACAACAACUUUAACCUUAACCUCCAGGAUGAGCUGCAUCAGCGCAAUUUUAUAGUUUACAUCAUAACAAAAGAGAAGAUUCUUCAGAAUCACCCUGAUAGACAUAACAUGGAGUUUCUCCACAGUAAGUUUGGGUUCCCUGAAAUUUACAACGCAGGUGAUGUGACCAGUGAGUUUCGACCUGGACGGGACGCUGAGACAGAGCAGACGGACUGGGAUUCACCCGCCUCAACCACAAGCCAGCAGCCUGAUGCAGAGCCACACCCAUUCUGUAAGGAGUUAGGUCUCAACCUUUGGUCUGCGGAACGACGUCCAGUGAGCCAGAAGCUCGAUUUGACUGUCCUCACCAAAGGUUCUGUGCUCGAAAUUGUCAGCUUUGUCAGAGAGCUUUGCGGCGCGGUUCGUGAGACCGUUAAUGACAUCCUUGAACACAAUUUUGAUCUCAACCUUCAAGGAGGUCGGACGGAGGCGGCAGAGGUGAUCCAGAGAUGGUACGCAACACAAAAAAGCCUCAUGAAAAGACAGAAUCCAUCACCAAGGAUCAACAGGUGGUUAAACAUGGUUGUCCCACUGACGGGUCACUCGCCCUGUCCACAACCACAAACCGCUGAGCGGCUUAAGCUUCGGGACACGGGACACUUAAAGCUUGAAAGGCAAAUGGGGGCUUUUAAUGGGAGUGUGCAACAGGUCAACAACUAUCACAUCUGUGAAGAAAUAGGACUGGUCCUCGAUGUCGGCUCCAAGUCGGAAGCCAAAGCAAAACUCGAUCUGCGAGUGCUGACGAGAGGCGUCCUCUGUGAGGUGCAUCAGUAUGUAGAGCAGAACUGUACGCAAUAUGUUCCCGCUCUGUACAAGAUUCUGGAGUACAACUUCGAUCUGAGUUCCCAGAACCAUCGCAAGGUGGAGUUUGCCUGGUCCAUUGCAUCCCAGGUAAUAGCCAUGGCGGGAAAAACCCGCAGAAAGGGGGAUUAUCUGAGCAGUGUGUUUGAGUUGCCCUUCGAGUUCUCGGAGUCGUCACAAGUCGCCUGCAAAGAGGAGCCAGAGGAUUUCGGUGAGGCGGACCCAAACGAUAACUCGGACGUCCUGUUUGUGCGAGAACUGAAGCCCGUGGACAUCGAAGUCGAGGUUGAAUAGAUUCCUGUUUCCAUUGCAUAGACUCAGUGUUAGUGUUAGACUCAGAUUGUUAAAAGUAACUUCAAAGUUACACCUGAGUAAAGCUACCGCUAACGAUUAUUCUCAGUAUUGAUUAAAUUGCCGAUCAUGUUCACAGUUCUUUUAUUAAGCCUUUAGUUUGUAGAACGUCAUGAAAACAGUGCAAAGUGCUCCUCUCAGUUUCUCUUCGUUUGCUGUCACGAACGACAAAGAAUCAAAUCCUGACGUUUAAGCAGCCGGAAGCAGCAGGUGUUUGGCAGUAGAGGUUCAUCAGAUGUCGAAUCGUUGGUGACUGAUCGGCUCCUCGCAGCUUUAUCUUCAGACAUUCGACACGUGAACACGUCGUGCCUCAAGCUGCUCGUCGAGGUCAAAGGUCGAUGUUUGUGUUGUGUGAACAGACGGACAGUCAGCCAUUUUGUGCCUGAUAACUUUGUGUUUUCAAUCUAAAUGAACAUGUGAAGGAAAGUUUACUUUGUUUUUACUGACUUUUCUUUCUGCUAGAAAUUAAAGUGUCUUUAAUUUUG